GCAGGAGGUGCAGAAGACAGCGUCGGGACCGCUGCGGCGGGGAGCGCGUUUGUUCCACUGCGCGACCAGCAGCAGGGCGGCUCAGAGGAGCGAGCGAGGAGAGGCAGAAGGCUGGCGGCUGCGGUUUUUGCCUCGUCUCACCCCCCGCGCCCACCCCCCGUCUGCCUGUGCCCGUGGGAGUGGGCGGCGCAGGCGCCCUGCCGUGGGGGCGGUGUCGGUGAGCGGCGGCGGGAGAUGCGAAGGGGCUAAGCGGGAAGCAGGGGAAAGCUGCGCUGCUCCCCGCUCGUUUGUCUUCUGCUCCGCUCCUCUCGCCCUUUGCCUCUCUCCUCCGGCCCGCCCGAGCACACUCCGCGCCAUGUCCUUCCGUCAGAGGAGCCCGCACGGCGGCCCGGAGCGCAGCCCGCAGCCCCCUCCUCGCUGGUCGCAAGGAAGGAAACGUGGUGCUGAUGGGAAGAGGAGGAAGCAGAGUGAGGCUGAUUCGUCUGUUUUUGAAGAAGGCAAGCCCAGGCCUUCCGACAACCGGCUGGACAGUUUUACAACCCCAGAAGGCCCUGGACCCCUCCCCCGGUGUUCAGACUGGGGAACAGCAGUGGAAGAAGAGGAGAUGAGGAGCAACGUUAACAAAGAAAUUGCAAGGUACAGAAGAAAGCUCCUGAUAAAUGAAUUUUCCAGAGAAAGGAAGUCCUCUUCUGGAAGUUCUGAUUCAAAGGAGUCCACUGUGACAGUAGAACUGGAGACAGACGAAGUGGUUUUGAUGAGAAGACAAAAACAGAUAAACUAUGGGAAAAACACAAUUGCCUAUGACAGAUACAUGAAAGAAGUCCCCAGAUACCAUCGGAUACCAGGAGUUCAUCCCAGGACUCCAAAUAAGUUCAAGAAGUACAGCCGUAGGUCAUGGGACCAGCAAAUCAAGCUCUGGAAAGUUGCACUGCAUUCCUGGGAUCCACCUACUGAAGCAGGAUGUGAUCUGCAAGAAAUUAGUCCUGUGGACCUUGGUGAGAUGGAGACAGAGUCUGUUGGAAGCAACUCCACCGAAUCUCAGGCGAGCUGUCAAGAUCCUGAGGAUACCUGUUGUGGCACUCCCACCAAAGUUAGACACGUUGACUAUCAAGCAGGAGGUGAAUUUGACUUGGAAGUGUGUUUGGGUGAACCACUGAAAGAUUUUGAUACUGUGAGUUAAGUCUUAUGCAAAAUCAUAUAGAGGCAGUUUCUUUGAUAUUGGAGAGGUUGGCUUGACUCACAAAUUGUUUGUAGUAAGAAAGCUGAGUUUUAAAUUGUGGUUGCUCUGCAUGUUCUCUGGGCCAAACUUCUGUCCAAAUACAGGUGCCUGAGUUUUUUUUAACCUUUUAAUUUAUGUAUAUGAGAGGUUUUUUUAUAUAACUUUUCGAUAGCAAACCUGGCCAAAGGCAGUGCUGUCCUCAAGUGUCAAUAGUUCAGUGAGUUCUUCCCUGGCCCUGCUGCUGUGUCCAUCACUUCAGUUCAUUCACCUCCAGAUCAAGAGCAAAGCAGGGAGAUAUUUCUGAGCACCUCUUUGACCUUGCUUUUCCAUUUGGCUCUUCUACAAAGAUCUGAGUCACACAGGUGAUGGCUGCUUGCCUUCUGAAAACAAACAAUUCUGGAGCUGCCAAACUGUUUCAGAAACCACUGGAAAUGAAACACCACAGAAACUGGAGGUCGGCCUGGUGAAACCCAGGCAACAGUAGCCUGAACUGGAGUCAUGAUUCAUUAAUGCAGACAAGGACAUAGUAGCUAGGGAGAGGGCUUGGUUGUUUUAAUUUGCUGUUUUCCAGUGUAAAGUUGUUGUAAAUGGUAAUGCUGUACAGAGGUUCUGCUGCUGAAAGCAGCUGGAGUUUCUAUUGCUUUUGUAUGGGACGUUGCUGGAAAAUAAAUGGAAUUGGAUUUC